AGUGUGUGUGCUGGGGCUGGGGCGGCUACAUAGCUGUGACUACCAGGGGGUGCAGUCUCUGGGGACCACCACUACCGAGGCUGGGUACCAUGAUUAUCGCGGAACACCUGCCCAUUAAUCUUGACCCUGUUAAAACAAUAACUGCCUAUCCAGGAGUUCACAUAGAGCUGAUUUGACUGACCAAAUCUGAUGAUUGUUGCAGUCCCAGCAGAACACAGAAUUCACCCCAUUGGUUCAAAUGAAGAGGAUGUCAUGAAGGGCUAUAGUCACAGAAGCGUGUGCAGGGUUAAAGAGCAAACAAGAUAUGCCACACUUCUGCCUGCUGUUGGCAACCCUCCUGGACUAGGCUGCUCUUGUUAAUCACAUGGAUGUUGCUGAUUACUCUGAGUGCAAACCUUUUCACUGUUCCAGAGAGGAGCCUGACAACCACAUUCUCCUUCUCAAGGUGUGGUGCUUACUGCGCAGGCUGACCAGAUAUAAGAGUUCGGACCGCCCAGCACACAAGGUCAGCAUGCUCCUCCUCUGUCACGCUCUCGCUAUAGCUGUUGUCCAGAUCAUUAUCUUCUCAGAAAGCUGGGCAUUUGCCAAGAACAUCAACUUCUAUAAUGUGAGGCCUCCUCUCGACCCUACACCAUUUCCAAAUAGCUUCAAGUGCUUUACUUGUGAAAAUGCAGGGGAUAAUUAUAACUGCAAUCGAUGGGCAGAAGACAAAUGGUGUCCACAAAAUACACAGUACUGUUUGACAGUUCAUCACUUCACCAGCCAUGGAAGAAGCACAUCCAUCACCAAAAAGUGUGCCUCCAGAAGUGAAUGUCAUUUUGUCGGUUGCCACCACAGCCGAGAUUCUGAACAUACGGAGUGUAGGUCUUGCUGUGAAGGAAUGAUCUGCAAUGUAGAAUUACCCACCAAUCACACCAAUGCAGUGUUUGCCGUAAUGCACGCUCAGAGAACAUCUGGCAGCAGUGCCCCCACACUCUACCUACCAGUGCUUGCCUGGGUCUUUGUGCUUCCAUUGCUGUGAUGCCACCAUUCCUAGGGGAGGCAGAGACCAGCCUCUAAAGCACAAGCCAAAAACUGUGUGAACGGUGAACUUUGGAGUGAAGAUCAAUCUUGCACUUGGUGAAGAGUGCACAUUGGACCUCAAGGCAAAAGCCAGUGGUUUGCUUGGAUAAAAUGUUCCCGCAUGAGGCCACAGGACUGAGGAUGGGAAUUUGGCAGGGCCUGAGAAGAUGGUCUGACUUCCAGCCUUCCUGGUCAAAGAGAGCUACGUUUGGGCAGUUCUGCAGAGAGGAUCCUGGCAACUAGUCCCACCUGACUAGGCCUUUAGCUGAAAGGAUUUCUUGACCUCCUUGACUGCCUCAGAGGCUGCCAGGUCAAACCCUCUUGUUUAUGUGAUUAGCUCAGAGCGUCUCUAUGAAAUCUAACCCUUCCCCUCAUGAGAAAGCAGUUUUCCCCACCAACAGCAUAGUCAAUGAGAAAGGCAACUGUACGAAGAAAACUUCCAGUUGAACUAAUAUGAAAUCUAUUUGCAAAUUGUGGGGGGAAAUAAAGCUUUUAAAUUAUACAAUGUAAA